AUGGACACCCGCAACGGCGGCGCCGGCACCGCCAGCAGCAGAGCCUACUACGAACAGCAGCGAGAAGCCCUCGUCGGCGACAUUGCCGAAGUCGGCAACGAAUUCUCUUCCGUAGAAGCCCUCUGGUCACAAUUCGAAAACGUAAUGGGCAAAGACGAAGAAGCCAAUAAACAGACCGAACAACAACAACAACAAGACGCCGCAAAGCACAACGACGACGACGACGAGACAAUGCAAGAGUAG